CGAAUCCAGAGGGCGGUUCCCCGUGACGCGCAGUCCCUUGGGCGGAUCUUAGUCUGGAGGCCACUGGCAGGUCACCGGCCGCCAGCGACUAUAAAAAGCUCUGGGCAGGCUUCCUCCAAAGCCCGCUCCCCACGAGGACCGGCUCCCCUCAAGGCCGCUGUCCCCCGCCUCCCAGGCCCUGCUCCCCUCAGAGGACACUGAACUGCCGAGGCCUCCCCCGGAUCUGCAGUCCGCCCCGCCGCGCGCCACCUGAGACGGAGCCCGCCUCCGCAGCGCGCGCACUCAGGGCCCCGCGUCGCGUGACUCGGCGGGCGGGCGCGCGCGGGGUGAGAGGCCUUGCGCGGGCCACUUCCGACGCAGCGCUCGCUUCAGGUUCCGGGGCGGCCGCCUCGGUCCGGGCCUGGGAUCCGGCGGGAUGGAGGAGGCCGGAGCGUCGGUGGCCGGGGCCGGGGAGGCCGAGCUGAACUGGUCCCGCCUCAGCGUGUCCACCGAGACGCUGGAGUCGGAGCUGGAGGCGCGCGGCGAGGAGCGACGCGGCACACGCGAGGCGCUGUUGCGGCUGCUGCUGCCGCACAACCGUCUGGCGUCGCUGCCGAGGGCGCUGGGCAACGGCUUCCAACACCUGCAGCUGCUGGACGUGAGCGGCAAUGCUCUGACCGCGCUGGGGACCGAGCUGCUGGCUCUGAGCGGCCUGCGCACGCUGCUGGCUAGGAACAACCGGCUGGGCGGCCCAGGCGCGCUGCCCAAGGGCCUGGCGCAGUCGCCGCUGUGCCGCAGCCUCCAGGUGCUCAACCUCAGCGGCAACUGCUUCCAGGAGGUUCCCGCGUCGCUGCUGGAGCUGCGCGCGCUGCAGACCCUCAGCCUGGGCGGCAACCAGCUACAGAGCAUCCCCGCUGAGAUCGAGAACUUGCAGAGUUUAGAGUGUUUAUACCUUGGAGGAAACUUCAUUAAAGAAAUCCCACCAGAAUUAGCAAAUCUGCCUUCAUUGAAUUACUUGGUGUUAUGUGACAACAAAAUCCAAAGUGUGCCUCCUCAGCUUUCACAGUUGCAUUCACUUCGUUCCCUCAGUCUCCACAAUAACUUGCUGACAUACUUGCCUCGUGAGAUUCUCAACCUUAUUCAUUUGGAAGAGUUGAGUUUACGAGGAAAUCCAUUGGUUGUUCGUUUUGUGAGAGAUUUAACCUAUGACCCUCCGACUCUUCUGGAAUUAGCUGCAAGGACCAUUAAGAUCCGAAGUAUUUCUUACACUCCCUAUGAUCUUCCUGGGAAUCUCCUUAGAUACUUGAGUUCAGCCAGCAAUUGCCCAAACCCAAAGUGCGGAGGCGUCUACUUUGACUGCUGUGUGAGACAAAUUAAGUUUGUGGACUUCUGUGGGAAGUAUCGCCUCCCCUUGAUGCACUACUUGUGUUCUCCAGAAUGCUCUUCCCCCUGCAGCUCUGCCUCACACAGCUCCACAUCCCAGAGCGAGUCUGACUCGGAAGACGAAGCCAGCGUUGCCGCACACCGAAUGCAGAAAGUUCUUCUUGGUUGAGCAGGAGUGGGUGUUGGAAAAACUUAAAAACUGAGCAAAGAUGGUUAAAAAAGAAAAGAGCUUGAAGUUGAUUAGAAACCUUGGUAUCAUCUUGAGUGUCCGUUACAGAGUUGGAGGAUAUCAAAGAUUUUGUGUUCCAUCCACCCAUUCAGCAAGAAUGAGUCCAGUUCCAUGUUUGGAGUCUUUGAAUUAAUUUACUCUGAAUGGCAGUUCAGAAUUUGGCUGAUUGGUCACAAUUUUCACUCAAGUUUUGUGUGAAUCACUAGAAAAAUGAUACACUUGCAAGAGCUGUGCUACAAUAGGCCAUUAAGUGAUGUAACUUGGGACAGUUGCAGUGAAGAAAGCAAAUUAUCAAAGCUCUGUUACCAGGGUUGUCCAGAUUUAGGAUGAACACUGUGCCAUAAAUAGAAUGAGCUGUCUCCUUAUGUUACCCCUACGUCUAGAUUAUAGACCUAUUCAUGUAAAUUCACAGGCAAUUACAUAGGAUGUUAGUCUGUCUGGCCAACUAACUGGUACAGUAAGGAUUAUGACUUUUAAAUGGGAUAUUUAAACUUUUCAGUUCUUUGUUUUCUGUGAUUGUUAUUAACCUUAUGCAAUCUAGCAGUACUGUGUAAUAGUGCCUUAAUCCUAGCAAGGAUGUAAAAGCUUAGUCAAGAAACAAUUUCAGAUCCACCUACAACCUGACACUAUGCAAAACACUUAAAAAUGUGCUUCAACAGAACUAGGUAAACAGCUAGAGAUACCAGCCAAGCCCAUGGCCAUCUGAACUUUUGUUGUUCUGUUUAACUGUGCAAUGAUCCUUUGUAAGCACAUCACUUUUACAUGUAAUUGGAGGCUACAAUCUUGAUCCAUCUAUUUACCAUAAGGCAAAAUAAUGGUUUUUGACAGAAAAAUGUAGAAGGACGUUCUUUAAGAAAACCUGCUUUAUAAAUCUUGCACUAAGUGAGGGAAAGUUGAGUAAAUGGUACACAUCUGUAAUCCAGCACUUGGGAAGUAGAGGCAGAAAGAUCAAGUGCUCAGAGUUGGCCUAGGCUACAUACCACAUAGUAAAUUUGAUACAUGAGACCCUGUCUCAAAGGGGGGGUGGAAAUUUUAACAGUCAAGUAUGUCACCUUUGUGCUGUGUACUAAACUGUAACUUUCUCUAGAACUUUAAAGAAAACUACAACUAGAUAUAAACUUGACAGUGAAAGCAGAGUUGGAGUGAGGUCAUUAUGGGCCUCCACAAUAGGAUAGUUCCCAAAGCUGGCUUAACCAUUGAGCAUUCAAAAGUAAAGAAUUGAUAAAACAGAAAAAAAAAUAUUAAAUAUAUUGUAUCAUUAAGUUGAAGGAGAAAAUAGUUGCACAGAUUAUUGCCAUUGGCAAUUACCAUUUUUUAUUAACUAUGCAAUAAAAAUUGAAUAGUGUUAAAACUAUAAAUUGAUAUUAGAAAAUAUGCAGUACUUGCUACUAAUUAUUAGAUAAUCAACCUAUAAUAACACGAAGGCUAAGUGAUAAUGUUAAAAACAUUGUUUCAGCCAGGCCUGGUGGCACAAGCCUUUAAUCCCAGCAUUCAGGAGUCAGGUAGGCAGGUCUCUGAAUUUAAAAACCAACCUGGUCUACAUAGUGAAUUCCAGGUCAUCCAAGGCUACAUAUAGUAAGACCUUGUCCAAAAAAAAAAAGGUAGUUUUCAGAUUGCAUUAGAAAUUAGAAUACUAGGUGGUCUUUUAAGAACAUACUUUCUUAAAAGCCAGUUGUAUAUACUAAUAAUUUGUGUGUGUGUUGUUUCAUAUAUAUUUAGAAAAUAUAAUAUAGAAUAAUUCAAGAUUUGUGUGUUUAUUUGUGUACCAUGUCAUGAAACAUGAGAGUUUCGUGACUGCAGUUGUGGAACGCUGCUAUAGUGAAUCCCCUUACCUUUACCUUGUGAUAGUGUAGUGUAGUGAGAUUAUUUUUUCAUUUUGAUUUAUAAAUUUUCUUCCUGUGUUUAUAGAAGUGAUCUUUUUCUACUGCUUAAUAUAAUUGAUAAAGAUAGUAAAGUCUUUGCUUACUUCUCAAGUAAGCAACUGUAAGCUGCAGACUGUAAGAUUUUGAGAGGAAAAGAUGACUUAGGCUAUAUUUAAGUGUCAAAUCUCAAAUGCUUUGUUAGUGAGUGACUAGUUAAGCUACAUAAAAUAUUUUCACAGUAACUAUUCAGAAAUUGAUAGGACCAAAUUUUUCUGGUUUAAAUGCUUCUACUUUCCUGUUUAUCAGUUUGAUCUAAGUAAUAACUUGAGUAAUCUUUUAUAUUAAUCUUUGUAAAUGGGUAGGUGUGUAAAUAGACUUAACCUUACAUACCUUUUCUCACUUCCUGGAAAGAAGGUAUACUGUUUCUUAUUUUAUAGGUGUAAAUAAUUCCAACCAGAGAGUGCCAUGUAGAUAUAUACUAUAGUGUUCCUUUAACAGAAUGUUUAUUGUGGUUCUUUAUAUGUAUAGUUAAAAUCUGUAAUCAGUGUGGAAGAUCAGUGUACAACUGUACUUUUUUUGGCUGGGAUGGGGGGGUGGGGUCGACCCAAGGCCUUGUGCACGCUAAGCAAGCUAUGGUCCAAGCAUGUCAUUAGUAACAUUUAGUGAAAUCUGCAUCUUUAGCAUUUUUUUAAUCUUUGACUUUGUCUUUUACAAAAGUUGCCACUGAUUUCUAAGAUUUUUCUUAUUUUUUGUACUUUUUUCAUAACUGAUAAUUAUAGAAAUUAACUUGAUGAGAUACAAGGGACUUGAUCAUCUGGAAACAAGAUGACCAGCUUCCAAAGUCAGCAGACUAUUUUAAAUGAUAGUCUGUCUCACUAGUUGGCGAGACAAGUGUUUAUUUCAUUAAUAAACUCUUGUUGGUCUUUUAAAGAGAGUUUCAGAGUUAGCAAAGUCUUAUUUUCAUUAUAAAAUAGUUUUGUUUUCAGAUACAAGGCCUGACUGUGUAGCACAGGCCAGCCUUGAACUCACUGUGUAGCCCAGCCUGGCCCUCCCACUUGGGAUGGUCCUGCCUCAGCUUCCUCCAAACUGCUGGUGUUAGAGGUGUACACCACCUUGCCCAGCUCAAUAUUUUACUUUGAACAUGUGCCAAAGGUGCCUCUUUUCUAAAGAAAU